AUGGGGUCGGUCGACGGAGUUACCAUAUUCGAGCAGUGCGAUAAUGAUGCGUGGACGCAGCGACUGGCUGUUAUAUAUGAUGAGUUGAUGAUCAAAAAAGUCCUCAAACCCAACGACUACGACUGGGUGCAAACCACCCUCCUGGUCGACUGGAUGAUGCCCACCAACCAGCGAACCAUCCUCGUACUCAACCUGCCCGAACCUCAGCAAUUGGCCCUGCAGAGCCGAUUGCAGUACAUGAACCGAUUGAACCCCUUCACCUGGCACAUGGAAUUCGCCUCGGUCGUGAUCAGACUCUACGACGAGUCUAUCUGGUCGCUGAGAGAUUUAGCCAGAGAUAAAGAAAAUCCUCCCCCCCCAAAAUUUCCUCAUCUCCACGACAUCGGUCGCCACAUCUUCCAUUCUACCGAGACGUUGGAAGUCGCAGAAAACACGCUAUUGAAUCUCCUCGCGGAGCAGAAUCGCUGGCGCGUCGAGUUUCCCGAGUCGCACUCGAACCUGCGCAGUGUGUAUCUGCCCACUCAGCAGCGAUUGCAUUUUCUCGCGAAGGAAAUGCACGGGUUGAAGACUAGGUCGAGAUCAUUGACGGAGAGGUUGCAUAAUGAAAUUAACCUGGCAUUUAAUCUCGUCUCCCAGCGCUACGGCCGCGACGCUCAAUCCGAUAGCGCGAUGAUGAAAACGGUCGGGGUGGUCAGCUUGGUUUAUCUUCCUGGGACUUUUGUUUCGGGCCUCUUUGGAACUAAUUUUUUCGACUUCUCCCCCGGUGAUAAAAGCCCCUUUUCCACUGCCAAUUCCUUCUGGAUGUACUGGGCCGUGACGAUUCCGUUGACGCUGGCGACUGUGUUGGUCUGGGUCUUGUGGCAUUAUCGUCUGUUGAUAUAUAAGAUGCGUCGUGAGGGGUGGAGAGCCCUGCGGAGACAGGGAACGGGGGAGAUUAAUUAUUGA